AUGGAGUCACAGGUGGAUCUGGGUUUUCUUCGACACGCUCUCAUGCCAUCUUGGAACUCCGUUAGUCCUCAAUUCCGAACCCCAUUGUCUGUUGCUUUGCUGGCGGGGUUCUUCACUUACUUGGCCAUUGCUGGAUCCAUUCUCCCUGGAAAACUUGUUCCUGGGGUUGCUCUGGCCGAUGCUACUCGUCUUCACUAUCGCUGCAAUGGUCUGCUCUCGCUUCUUCUGUUGGUUGGGCUUCUUGGGAUCGGUGCCAAUAUGGGUUUUGUGUCUCCCACUGCCAUAUCAGACAGAGGACUUGAGCUGCUGUCCACAACUUUUGUCUUCAGUUUUCUUGUAUGUAAGCUUAGAGUUGAUAUUUGGAGUGUGACCCUGGUACUAUAUUUUUCUGGUUGCAAGUCACAAAGUAAAGGUUCAUCACUAAAACCUCAUAUCAGUGGCAACCUGUUACAUGAUUGGUGGCUUGGAAUACAGCUAAAUCCUCACUUCAUGGGUAUUGACCUCAAAUUUUUCUUUGUUAGAGCUGGUAUGAUGGGAUGGCUGCUUAUCAAUUUAUCUAUUCUUAUGAAGAGCAUUCAAGAUGGUGCUUUGAGCCAGUCUAUGAUUCUCUACCAGCUAUUCUGUGCACUAUACAUCCUGGACUAUUUCGUACAUGAAGAAUACAUGACAUCUACCUGGGACAUAAUUGCAGAGAGAUUGGGCUUCAUGUUGGUCUUUGGAGAUUUAGUGUGGAUACCUUUCACUUUCAGCAUACAGGGGUGGUGGCUCUUGAGGAACAGUGUGGAGUUAACAACGGCUUCCUCUGUAGCUAAUUGCUUUGUCUUCUUAAUCGGAUAUAUGGUAUUUCGAGGAGCGAACAAGCAAAAACACAUGUUCAAAAAGAAUCCAAAGGCUCCUAUUUGGGGUAAGCCUCCAAAAGUUGUUGGAGGCAAGCUACUAGCGUCUGGUUAUUGGGGUAUUGCUAGACACUGUAAUUACCUAGGGGAUUUGCUGCUUGCUCUCUCCUUUAGCUUACCUUGUGGGAUUAGUUCACCAAUUCCAUAUUUCUAUCCAAUUUAUCUUCUUAUUCUGUUGAUCUGGAGAGAGAGAAGGGAUGAAGCUCGUUGUGCAGAGAAGUAUCGAGAGAUAUGGGCAGAGUAUCGUAAACUUGUUCCAUGGAGAAUAUUGCCUUAUGUCUAUUAG